AUGGCGAAGGAAGAAUUGAAUCAGUUUAAAAGUCAAGAGGCCGGAGUAGUUCAGGCCGAUGUGUCGUCGGAGAGUAGUAGUUUUGGUAGGAGAGGAUCCGGGGGUGGUGGUGGUGAUGAGGAGGGAGAUUCGGUUGAUUGGGGGUAUGACGGGAAGCAUAAAGGUAUUCGUUUGAAGAAGGAUUUGCAGGCGAGACAUGUUUCUAUGAUUGCUAUAGGAGGGUCUUUGGGGACGGGGCUUUUGAUUGGUACGGGGUCUGCACUUUCGCAGGCGGGGCCGAUUGCUAUAUUGAUUGCGUACAGUAUUAUGGGGUGGGUUGUUUUUACAGUUAUGUCGUGUUUGGGGGAGAUGGCGGCGUAUAUACCGCUGGAUGGUUUUACAUCGUACGCUACGCGAUACGCGGAUCCUGCUUUGGGGUUUGCAGUUGGGUAUACGUAUUUAUUCAAGUAUUUGGUGCUUACGCCGAACCAGUUAACCGCGGCGGCGUUGGUUAUGCAGUAUUGGGUUGGUAGGGGUAAGGUGAAUCCUGGGGUUUGGAUUACGGUGUUUCUUGCGGUGAUUUUGACGAUUAACAUCGUUGGGGUUAAGUUUUUUGGUGAGUUUGAGUUCUGGUUGUCAAGUUUUAAGGUUUUGGUUAUGCUCUGUGUGAUGACUCUGUUGUUGGUGCUUGUGCUUGGCGGUGGUCCGAGUCAUAAUCGGCUUGGGUUCAGGUACUGGAAGGAUCCUGGGGGGUUUAAGCCAUAUUCGGGGGCGGUUUCGAUACCUGGAGGCAAGGGGAAAUUUGUGUCAUUUGCUUCUGUGUUCGUGUAUGCUUUGUUUGCAUAUCUCGGUACUGAGCUUUGUGGAAUUGUCGCGGCAGAAUGUAAGAAUCCCAGAAGAAAUGUACCACGGGCAAUUAAACUGACUUUGUAUCGGAUCGUUGUGUUUUAUUUAUGCACUGUGUUUCUAUUGGGGUUAUCUGUUGCUUAUAAUGAUCCUUUGCUACUACAAACCAAAAAGGCCAAGACCUCGGCGGCAGCCUCUCCAUAUGUGGUUGCCAUUAAAAACGCGGGAAUUCCUGUGUUACCACAUAUUUUCAAUGCGUGUGUUUUGACCUUUGUUUUCAGUGCAUGUAACUCGGAUUUGUACGUUGGCAGUAGGUCGCUUUAUGGGUUAGCUAUCGACAAGAAGGCUCCCAAGAUCUUCGCCAAGACCAACUCUUGGGGGGUCCCUUACAACUCUUUGGCUCUCUGUACAUUGUUUUGCUGUUUGGCAUAUAUGAAUGUAUCAUCCUCGGCGGAGACGAUGUUCAGUUACUUUGUGAAUGUCACUUCUAUCUUCGGGCUUCUUUCUUGGAUUUCUAUUCUUAUAACCUAUAUCUCGUUCGAUAGAGCAUUCCGAGUGCAAGGUAUAGAUAAGAAUACACUAUCUUAUCAGGCACCAUUCCAACCAGUUACUGCGUGGAUUGCAUUGGGUUUCUGUCUCAUGGUUGCUUUGGUUAAAAACUUCACCGUCUUUUUGGGAGAUACAUUUGAUUACAAGACGUUUAUUACUGGUUACAUUGGUAUCCCCGUUUAUAUUUUAUGUUUUGUAUGCUACAAGAUUGUACACAAGACUAAGUGGAUCAAGUCCGCAAAUGUUGAUUUGUUUACCUAUAAAACUGCUAUUGACUUGGAAGAGGAAGAAGGAAAGCUAGAAAUGAUGAGAUUGAAAGAGGAACGCAAACAACAUGGAUGGACCUGGAAACAGUUCUAUGAUUACAUAUUUGGUUGGAUUUUCUAG